AUGCGCCCUGUGGAGCCCUUCCCGCUUCCCGUCGCUUCCCCUUCCGUCUCGGCCCCGCCCACCGCGGGCGCCAUCGCUUCCGGUUCAGCCCAGGAUCGGCUGGGCCUUGCUGCUCUGGCCCGCCCACUUCCCCGUUCUCCGGCGGCUGUACGGGUCGCGGGGGAAGCGUCGCCCGAGCCUGAGCUGGCCCAGCUGAGGCGGAAGGUGGAGAAGUUGGAACGCGAGCUGCGGAGCUGCAAGCGGCAGGUGCGGGAGAUCGAGAAGCUGCUGCAUCACACGGAGCGUCUGUACCAGAGCGCCGAGAGCAACAACCAGGAGCUCCGCACCCAGGUAGAAGAGCUCAGUAAAAUACUCCAUUGUGGGAGAAACAAAGAUAAUAACAAGUCUGAUGUAGAAGUACAAACAGAGAACCACCCUCCUUGGUCAAUCUCAGAUUAUUAUUAUCAAACAUACUAUAAGGAUGUUAGUCUUCCAAAUAAAGUGACUGAACUCUCAGUUCAGCAAGAUCAGGAUAUUGAAGCUUCUACUUUUAAUUCUAAAGACCAGUCACAAAUAGAAAAUGAUGCUUAUGCUGGUACUGAUGUAACGGAAAAUGUUAAGUGUGGACAAGAGGACCAUUUUGCUGCACGUUCACAGGAGCCAGCAUCUGCGUUAGCAGCUGAAGAUACGUCCUUAGAAGGUUCCUCAUUAGCUGAAAGUUUGAGAGCUGCGGCAGAAGCUGCUGUGUCGCAGACUGGAUUCAGUUAUGAUGAGAAUACUGGUCUGUAUUUUGACCGCAGCACUGGUUUCUAUUAUGAUUCUGAAAAUCAACUAUAUUAUGAUCCUUCCACUGGAAUUUAUUACUACUGUGAUGUGGAAAGUGGUCGAUAUCAAUUUCAUUCUCGAGUAGAUUUGCAACCUUAUCAGACUGCUGGCACAAAACAAAAUAAAGAUAAGAAAUUGAAGAAGAAAAGAAAGGAUCUAGAUUCUUCUGCAACAAAUGAGGAAAAGGAUUUGAAUUUGGAGGAUCAAAAAGCAUCCAGUGUUGAAUAUAUAAGCUGCAGUGAGGGAGAAGAUUUUGCAAAUAUGAAAAAGAAGCCCAAAAUAGACAUUCGUUACAAAAAUAGUCCCCCCAAAUUGACUGUUCCAGUUAGUGGAAAGACUAUAGAAUCUCCUCUUAAUGAAAACAUCUAUAAUUCGACUUCAUUUAAAGAGGAGAAAAUCAUAGAGACUGAUAGUGAACCAGAAGAAGGUGAAAUUACAGAUUCUCAGACCGAGGACAGUUACGAUGAAGACAUGACCAGUGAAGACAAUGUAACUGCAGAAGAUACUGAGGAUGAAGAUGAAGAAAAAAUUUGGCCCCCAUGUAUUAGAGUAAUUGUUAUUAGGUCACCAGUGUUGCAGACAGGAUCACUUUUUAUCAUUACAGCUGUAAACCCUGCUACAAUUGGAAGAGAAAAAGAUAUGGAGCAUACUCUCCGAAUCCCUGAAGUUGGUGUCAGUAAGUUUCAUGCAGAAAUUUAUUUUGACCAUGACUUACAAAGUUAUGUCCUUGUGGAUCAAGGCAGUCAGAAUGGCACAAUUGUUAAUGGAAAACAGAUUCUUCAGCCUAAAACUAAGUGUGACCCUUAUGUACUUGAGCAUGGAGAUGAAGUGAAAAUUGGAGAGACCGUGUUGUCCUUCCACAUCCACCCUGGCAGUGAUACCUGUGACGGCUGUGAACCAGGGCAGGUUAGAGCUCACCUUCGUCUUGAUAAGAAAGAUGAGUCUUUUGUUGGUCCAACACUAAGUAAGGAGGAAAAAGAGUUGGAAAGGAGAAAAGAAUUAAAGAAAAUACGAGUAAAAUAUGGUUUGCAGAAUACAGACUACGAAGAUGAAAAGGCAUUGAAGAAUCCAAAAUAUAAAGAUAGAGCUGGAAAACGUAGGGAGCAGGUUGGAAGUGAAGGAACUUUCCAAAGAGAUGAUGCCCCUGCAUCAGUUCAUUCUGAAAUUACUGAUAGCAACAAAGGUCGGAAGAUGUUGGAGAAGAUGGGUUGGAAAAAAGGAGAGGGUCUCGGGAAGGAUGGUGGAGGAAUGAAAACUCCGAUCCAGCUUCAGCUCCGACGAACACAUGCAGGCUUGGGGACGGGCAAACCAUCCUCCAUUGACGAUGUUCACCUUCUCCAGAACAAGAGCCAAAAGAACUGGGAGAAAGCACGAGAGAGGUUUGCUGAAAACUUCCCAGAAACUAAACCUCAAAAAGAUGCACCAGGGACUGUGCCUUGGCUGAAAGGGACUAUAGAAUGAAGGUCAGUCUUAGAACACAAUUCAAGCUUUUAAAAAAAAGAGUUUGGGAACUCUUAUUUUAUUGCAGAACUUUUCCCUCCAAAAGAGUCAAUGGCAUGAGAGAACUGUGUCACAGUUUCUCCCCUCAUGAUUCAGAAAUGUGUAAUACAGUGUGGUUUGCAGCUUUUAAGAAACAUUUUUUAAAACUAAUAAAUAGUGACUGAAUCGGGUUAUGCUGUGAGUGGACUCAAGUUCACAGGGCAUAGAUGAACUUAUGAAACUUGAUUAUUUUAUCUUGUCAUUUUCAAGACCCGUAUAAGCAACUAGCCAUGGAAGCAAAAUUCAUGUAACCACUAAUGACUUAAAUGUACACUUGUCCUUGUCUCCAUACCUUUGUUAUUGUAAGAUGCACAACAAAAGAAAUAUCAAAGGUUUAUAGAAAUAAUUCUGACUAUAGUCAUCUUUGUUUAUGCCCUUUAGAACUUAGAUAAAAAAUGUUGAGAAAACAUGGGUAGUGGUGCAUAAAUUUUAUUAUUCUUGAAAUAACCUAAGUAAUAGUAUUGAAGAACUAAUGAACAGGUGACAUGUUGUAGAAAAUUAGUCUUUCAUUGUUUUCUUCUGUGAAGAAUCUGUUGAUUUGUAUUAUAUAUUAAGCAUUUACAUUUGUUUUUUUUCAUAGCUGAAAUAUUUAGAUAUGAGCAAUUGAGUACAGUAUUGAAAUAUUCAAUGUGCUGGCAUUUGUAGUUUUGAUAAAUCCCAUUGCUGGCAAUGGAGUUGUGCCAGAGAAAUCUGAUUUCUACUGCAAAAGGAUUACCUAAGCCAAGGCCUCAAACUCAAGGUGUUUAUUGAAAAUGUCCUCAGAUGCAAUAAAAACAUUAUUACAUCAAAAACAGUGAUUAAUUGAACCAGUGAUUUAAAUAUACUGGUCUGCUUUGAACCCACUACCAGCGAGAAUUUUCCUCUUUAAUUUGGCAGAGCAGUGACAGAAGGGUGAGGUCAGAUAGUGGAGAAGUGCAGUGCAGCUCUUGGGGUCAGGUGUAUCUGCUCUGCCACUUACCAUUGUUCUCCUCGCUGUUCACCUUUCCUCAGCUUUUUGCUGCGAAAUUAAUGCUGGAACUGACCCUUUUCUGGCAGUGAAUAUAAGCUAUAGCUCCCUCAUCUACUAUAAAGAAAUGUGUUCAAGAUUUAGAAAUAGGAAGGGAAAAUUCUGAAACAAAUUAUACAGUAGGGAAGAUAAUUCAGAAAGAAAGGCUACCUAUUGGAAUUUCUAGUCUGAAUGGUACAGGGUAUUUAGGAAG